GAAUCAGCUCAAUGAGGAGCCGUCUCAUCCCCUUGCCCUCCUGCCCUGGCAUCCACACCAGCAGCUCAGGGAGGAGGUGGAGGGAAAGAGCCCAGCCUCGCUUCCCUUUCCCAGGGCAGGCUCCCAGCUAACGAGGCCCAAGCUGAGAAGGACCCAGGAUAUUCCCUAUUAACUGUCUAGGGGGGAUCCCUCUUGUGCAAAGGUGCUGCCCAGGGCUUCCGGAACUAAAUGGAGGAGGAAGCUGGGGAGAAACCUGGGCUGGACUGGUCUGCUGCUCCCAAGGACUUCCAAUUUUAUCACAUGGAUCUGUAUGACUCUGAAGAUAGAGUGCAGCUCUUCCCAGAAGAACACACUAGAAUGAGAAGAGAAGUAGUUCAAGCUGAAAUGACCAAGGAGCCAAGAGCAGCAGCAAAAGGUAGGGCUCAAAGAGAUCUUCAAGAGGAAGUGGAUGAACUUGCCCAUUUAUACAGACUUGAAGAUGAUCACGAAUUAGGAGAUGAGUUUGUUGGUGAAAACACCCUUAGGACAGGGGUUUCAGACUACCCUCCUUAUGUGAUGAAGAGCAGAGAGUCAGCCAGGGAACAGAGAGACUGGCGAUUUGGUGGAGAGGCAGCCGAGGCUGAGGACCUGAGCUUUGGAGGGUGGGGCUCGAGAGGCCAGUGCCAGGACUUGCGGGAAGCCUACAGGUACACACGUGGCCGGUCCAGCGAGGAGUAUGAAUGCUAUGUCAUCCCAGAGGAGGAGGAUGAGGAAGAAGCUCCCGACAUCUUUUGUGUCACUUGCAAAACUCCAAUAAGAGCUUGUGAGAAGGUUUUGGAUGAACACAAGGAACAUGAGGUGACUCCACUCGAUAAAGCACUGGAAAACGCCAAGGAUGAAAUUCACAAAAACAUGUUCAAAUUGGAAAAGCAGAUUAUUGAGAUGGAAAAUUUUGCAAGUCAUUUGGAGGAGGUUUUCAUCACUGUGGAGGAGAAUUUUGGGAGACAAGAACAAAACUUUGAGUCACAUUACAAUGAGAUCUUGGAAAUACUUGCUCAAAAAUAUGAAGAAAAAAUACAAGCUCUAGGGGAGAAAAAGAAAGAGAAGCUGGAAGCCUUGUAUGGACAGCUGGUCAGAUGUGGAGAAAAUCUUGAAACCUGUAAAGAACUGAUGGAAACAAUAGAGGAGAUGUGUCAUGAGGAGAAGGUCGAUUUCAUAAAGAAUGCAGUGAUUAUGGCUGACAGACUUGGGAAAUUUCUGAAAACAAAAACAGACGUGGAACUUUCUGCCCACCCUGACUUUGAAGACCAGACCUUGGACUUCUCAGAUGUGGAGCAGCUGAUGGAUUCCAUUAACACCAUCCCAGCUCCUUCUGCUCCAGUGAUAAACCCACAGGCCCCAAACUCAGCCACGGGUUCCUCAGUCCGAGUGUGCUGGAGCUUAUACUCCGAUGACACUGUGGAGAGCUACCAGCUGUCCUACCGGCCAGUGAGGGACGGCUCGCCCCGGGAGGACCAGGCAGAGUUUACAAUGACUGUCAAAGAAACAUACUGCUCAGUGACAAACCUUGUGCCAAAUACUCAAUAUGAGUUCUGGGUCACAGCUCAGAACAGGGCCGGCACCAGCCCUGCCAGCGAGUGUGCAGUGUACAUGACAGCGCCUUCUCCCCCAAUCCUAAAAAUCAAAGAGAUAAGGAGCUGCGAAGAGGCUGCACUGAUAUGCUGGGAAUCCGGGAACCUGAAUCCUGUCGACUCAUACACAGUGGAACUGACCCAAGCAGAAACGCCGGAAGCCUCAGGUGUCACUGAGUCUGUUGUGGGCAUCCCCACCUGCGAAUCCCUGGUACAGCUGCAGCCCAGGCAGAGCUACACGAUCUACGUGAGAGCCCUCAACUUGGGGGGCCUGAGCGCAAGGAGUAAGCCUGCUACAGUCCACACUACAGGCAGCUACUUUCACCUAAACAAGGACACCUGCCAUCCCUGGCUGACCAUUUCUGAAGAUGGGUUUACAAUUGUACGAAGCGAAAGGAAAACCCCAGCAAGGGAACAGCUACCCAGCUACACCCGGUUUACCAGGUGUGUUGCUGUCAUGGGAAAUCUAAUUCCAGUCCGAGGGCACCAUUACUGGGAGGUCGAGGUGGAUGAGUGUUUGGACUACACUGUUGGUGUGGCCUUUGAAGAUGUCCCUAAACAGGAGGACCUGGGCGCAAACUGUCACUCCUGGUGCAUGAGGCAUACAUUUGCAUCAUCAAGGCAUAAGUAUGAAUUUCUGCACAACAAGAUGACUCCAGAUAUAAGAGUAACAGUUGCCCCAAAGAAGAUUGGUGUUCUAUUAGACUAUGAAAAUUCAAAAUUGUCGUUUUUCAACGUGGACAUUUCUCAGCAUCUAUACACAUUCACUUGUCAGCUUCACCAAUUUGUGCAUCCCUGUUUUUCUUUGGGAAAGCCUGGGUGUCUAAAGAUCCAUAAUGGCAUUUCGAUGCCAGAGCACAUGGCUUUCUAUUAG